AAGAGGCCAUCGUUUGCUUAGGCUCCAUCAGAAUCAGAUACGAAAACAGAAUAAAUACGAGACCCAUGGCGCCGCCGACGGCGAGGCUGCUCCUCCGAACACCCCGCCUCUCCCUCUCCACCGCCGCAGCAUCGCUCUUCUCGCCGCCCUCCAAGGCCGUCCUCUACGACCAACACGGCCCUCCCGACCAAGUCCUAAGGGUGGCGGACGUGCCGCCGGUGGAGCUCGGGGAGCGCGACGUGUGCGUCAAGAUGCUGGCGGCGCCCAUCAACCCCUCCGACAUCAACCGCGUCCAGGGCGUCUACCCGGUCCGGCCUCCCGUCCCCCCCGCCGCCGUCGCCGGCUACGAGGGCGUCGCCCAGGUCCAUGCCCUCGGCCCCGCCGUCACCCGGCCCCUCUCCCCCGGCGACUGGGUCAUCCCUUCCCCGCCCUCCUUCGGAACGUGGCAGACCUACAUUGUCAAGCCGGAGCACGUGUGGCACAAGGUCCGCGACGACGUGCCCGUCGAGUACGCUGCCACUGUCACCGUCAACCCCUUGACGGCGCUCCGGAUGCUGCAGGACUUUGUGAAACUCAGUCCUGGCGAUGCUGUUGUCCAGAACGGCGCCACCAGCAUCGUCGGCCAGUGCGUUAUUCAGCUCGCCAAAGUGCAGGGGAUUCGCACCAUCAACAUCAUAAGGGACAGGCCUGGGUCAGAAGAAGCAAAAGAGAAACUCAAACAGCUUGGUGCAGAUGAGGUUUUCACAGAAGGUCAGCUGGAUGUUAAGAAUGUCAAGAGCUUGCUGGGUGCUCUACCAGAACCUGCACUAGGAUUUAACUGUGUAGGAGGAAAUGCUGCAGCUUUGAUACUGAAGUUAUUAAGGCAAGGAGGCACCAUGGUGACAUAUGGCGGAAUGUCCAAGAGACCUGUGACUGUUUCUACUUCGUCGUUUAUUUUCAAGGAUCUUUCUCUGAGAGGAUUCUGGCUACAGAAGUGGAUGAGUUCAGACAAGGCGGACGAUUGCAGAAGGCUGAUAGACUACCUGCUGGGACUGGUGCAGGAAGGGAAACUUAAAUACGAGAUGGAGUUGAGUCCCUUUGACGACUUUGGACUGGCUCUUGACAAGGCCCUGGGCAAACAUGGGAGCCAACCGAAGCAGGUCCUGAGGUUCUGAUGGUGUGUAGAUUGAACAAGGGUGUGAAAUUUUUGUACGUUAGCGACUCAGUGUUGAAGUUGUGUGGCUGUGUCUGUGCGGUUAGUGGAUGUGAGAGAGUCUUGUUUCCAGUGGUUGGUUAUGUGGCAAUUAUGUGUGGUAAGACGCAAAAUGUGGUGAGUAUUCUGAAGGCGGUUC